AUGAGAUCUACGCUCUUGAUCUUGGGCUUACUUGCAAAAUUUGCGGUGGCCUACGAUUGCUCCGUUACUGCUAUCGCGGCACUUUUGCCAGUAAAAUCCAUUGUUUUCUAUGCCACCCAUUAUGAUGCCGGUGCAACAUUCACUCCUCCACCUGAGUAUAACGCAGGUGGUGGUUUGCCAGGCGGUGGUUUGCCAGGCGGUGGGCCAGGCGGUCCACCAGGUGCUCCUCCGGGUGGAGGAGGGUCGAUUAUUCCCCAAGCUGGUUGUAUCGUACAAGGCAAUGUUUCUCUCUCCGCAACUUCACAAUACAGUUUCGGAUUGGCCCUGCCCGAUAACUGGAACGGCAGAUUCUUGACAGUCGAGAAUGGAGGGUUCUCUGGCAGCGUUAGCUGGGGUUCAGUUGUAAGCUUCUUCUAUUAUCGAGGAUGUUCUGCUGGUGGUAAGCAAGGUCUGAAAGAAGUGGAGAUGUUCCCAAAUGACUUCGAUGGAGUUGUUGCAGGCGCUCCAGCAUGGUGGACUACUCAUUUACAGCUUUGGAAUAUGAUUGUGGGAAUCUGGAAUCAGCCUGCAAAUUCUUCCCACUAUAUUCCACCAUCAAUGUCCACUUACCUUGCGGAUGAAGUCAUCAGGGAAUGUAACGCUCAAGAUAGUGUUACUGAUGGAAUUGUGAUGGAUCCUAUCGCAUGCAAGUUCAACGCAACAAAAAAUUUGUGCCGUGCAGGUGCUACAGAUCCGACGACUUGUCUCAACAGCGAUCAAAUAGCUACAUUCAAUAAACUUCAUAGUGACUGGGUCGAAGCUGGACAGUUCAUAUUCCCCUCCUUCACAUUAGGCAGUGAAUGGGGCUGGAAUGGACUUGUUUCUUUCCCAAGUCCACUAGGCACAACAUAUGUGCAGUACAUGCUUGGUCUGGGACCAGAUUGGACUUGGGAGGAUUGGAAUCCAGCGAUCAUUCUUCUUUCGGAUUUACUAAACCCUGGUCACGCAACAGCCGACAAUUUCAACCUUGCACCUUUUUACAAGAAAGGUGGAAAGCUACUUCAUUACCACGGGCUAUCAGAUGCUUCCAUUGCUAAUGGCUCAAGUAUCUAUUUCUACAAUCAAGUUGCCAAAGCUCUGAAACCUCAGGGCAUUAAGCUAGAUGAUUUGUACAAAUUCUAUUUGAUCCCAGGAAUAGGUCACUGCGCAAUGACCUAA